AUGCAAUUUAUAAAGCUUUUCAAUAAAUCUUAUGAUGCACCAUCUGGAAUACUUAGUUCCAUAUUCAUUACUAAAAAGGGAAGGAAAAUUACUUUAAUCCUAUCCGAUUCCAAACUCUAUCGAAUUGUAAUCUUUUAAAAAUUAUUUAAAGUCUGAUAAAGGUGUGAAAAUGGUAUGUUUAAGCAGUCAUUUACGCUUUUAAAUAAGAUACUCUAAAUAAUAGAACUAUCUAAUCUUAGAAACUGACUUUUUACCUAAACCUAUAGAAUAUUAGUUUUUGGAAUAACCAGGCAUGUGGGAAAUAUUUCUAAAAUAGAAAUUAUCAUUAAUGGAUUAUUAAAAAUAUUAUGAGAUAGAAAAGCUGAUUGGUAAUGGAAGUUUUGCUAGUGUUUAUAUUGGUAAAUCAAAAUGUGAUGGUACAAAAGUAGCAAUAAAAGCAUUCCUUAAAAAAAUGCUAAUGUUAAAAGAUCCAACUUAAUGGAGAGUAUUAAUAUAUGGAUAUAUUUUAGGAAUAAAUAGACAAUGAAGUAAAAUUGAUGAGAUAUAUGAAUCAUUAGAAUAUAUUGAAAUUAUAUGAUGUUUUUGAAAACAAAGCUUAAAUUUAUUUAAUCACAUAAUUAUGUAGAGGUGGCAACCUUGAAUAAGCAAUUAAAAAAUUAGAAGAACCAUUACCAUUUUUAACUGUAAAGGUGAUUUUUAGACAAAUAGUGGAAGGAAUCAAAUAUAUGCAUGAUAUAGGUAUAAUAAUAAUUGAAUAAGAGGUUUAAUGCAUAGAGAUAUAAAACCAGGAAAUAUAUUAUUUAGACAACCAGUAUCUUUGAAAUAAUUUGGUUUAUCAGUUUAAGAUGGUCCAUUAAUAAGUGAUUUUGGUGUAUCAUCUACAAUUUAAAAAUAACUAAAUGUUUAUUAAUAUUGUGGGUCUUAUGGAUAUAUGGCACCAGAAGUAUUUGCAUGUGAAAAUGACAAAUAGAAAUCUUAUAAUGAAAAAUGUGAUGUCUUUAGUUUAGGUUGUUUACUUUAUGAAUUGUAUUAUAAAUAAAUUUAAUUAGAACUACUACUAAACCAUUAUUCUAAGGAAAUAAUAUAAAAUCAUUAAAUAAGGAAUGUAAUAUAAGUAUGAAUAAAUUGUUGGAGGAUUGUUUUGGAAAUCGAUAAUGUAAAUAUAUAAUAUAACCAUUUAGUAAUUAAUUUAUUAAUGAAAAUGUUGAAUCCUAAUCCAGGUUUAAGAAUUUCAUGUUCAGAAGUCCUUAAUCAUCCAGUUAUGCAAGUUGAAUAUGAUGAAUAAGGAUGUCCACUAUUUAAAGAUUAUAAAAAACCUAUGACAUUGUCGAUACAAAAACCAAGAUCAUCAUUAAAAUCUAAAAGCAAUGCUAUUUUGCCAUAAACUUCAAGGAGAAAUGAAACACAAUCAUUUAAAAGAUUAUCUUAAGUACUACCACCUUUAAAAAGAUUAAGCACAGAAGUGCAUAAUUCAUGAUGG